GUUCUGAACUUCUGAACCCACGCGGCGUGGACCCCGGCCCUUUCCGGAGGCUUGGGAAGACAAAAUUGCGCGCGGUUGACACGCUCGCAGGUCGUGUAAACACACUGCAGUAGUCGACAUGAUCCCAAAUACACCAGGAUCAGGCAAACACAUGUCUCUUCCACUGCUUCCCGAGAAGCUGCUAACACGGUGACACGUUGCAGUGGCUUACGGGGAUCCUGGGGGCAUUGCCAGGGUGUGUGAUUGAAGGAACGGCAGCUGCCUUUGGGCGCUGCCAGAGCAGGCUGCUGACAGUUGAAGCGCCGCCCACUGCCACUGCCAGCUGGCGUGCAUCAACCGCGUCCAUUGCAGCCAUUCAAAAGUCGACCUACUAGAAGAGUGCGCCGAAACAUUCUGAUCAAGCCUCACUUCUCCAGUCUCCAUCUGAGCUGUUCAAUGCUGAAGGCUGCCAGCUUGUCCCCUGUACCAGCUUUGCCUUCAAAUUUAUCACUGUCCUCGAAGCGCCGGGCCGCUGCUCACGUCUUCAACUCGACUCACAACUGACAGUUCCACCCCGCGCGUCAAACUCCAUCAUCCCGGCUACACAAUCUGAUCGCGUUGUAAGCUGAAUUAUACUCGCAACAAAUCCAAUCCUUCAGGUUGUCCGGCGCGCGCGCGCGCUUUGCAGUCAGAACUCGACUUGAACACAGGCAGCUUCGUUACGGAUCGCUCUCGUGGCUCCGAUGGCCUCCGCAUCAGACCCGACAGAACAGUACGUGACCAACAUGCCGUUAACUCCGGGCGACAGCGAGAACGAAGCGCCCAGUGAGCCGUCUCAGAUGGCGGGCCGCAAGCGCAGUGCAAGCGAGAUGGAAGAUGACUCGUCGAGAAGCAAGAGAACAAAUACGGGCUCUGGCGCAGACACUGGCCUGGGCAGCAGUGCCAAUGGUGCCAACACCGACACAAGUCCUGCGCCCGGUCCCGACGCUUCAGAGACCAUUGAGGCCGAGUCUGGCGAUGAGUUUACAGUGCAAUGCCCUGCACGGCGGAAACACGGCAAGGCGGCAGCUACGGACGAUGUGUACAUUGAGCGAGAUGCGCCCCCAGAGGCUCCCGAUCUCAGCAUCGAAUUUGCUGUAAGGCCGGGCAAGAAGUGGGCAAGUCUGGACCGGUUCAGAAAUGCCAAAUUUAAGAAUCCUUUGGUUGUUGUCUACACCACGGGCCAGGUUGUUUAUAUCAACAGACACAACCCCGUCCCGCCACCGCCUCCGGCCGAUGCGACCGAUGGCGAGAAACUACAAUACGACAAGGAGAACUUUUGGGUCGGUUUGAUAGCCGAGUUUCGCGCCGAAAGCCACGCAAAGGUAUACGCCCGAGUGUGGUGGUUCUACUGGCCGGAAGAGUUGCCCAUGGGGCGACAACCUUAUCAUGGCAAGCAAGAGUUGAUUCUGAGUAAUUAUACCGAUAUCAUCGAGGCGCAUGCGAUUGCAUGUCAUGCCGAAGUCAGCUUCUGGGACGAGAACGAUGAUUCCAACCAGCUUGUCCUUCAGGAGCGAUACUGGCGCCAGACCUUGGACGUGACCAAGCUCGGUCCCAAGCCCUCCAAAUCCCUCAAUGCCUUGAGCAAACUACGGACAUUCUGCAUUUGUGGAGGAUAUGACAACCCCAAUGUGGAAAUGUAUCAGUGUCGUUCAGCGAGCUGCGGCAUGUGGAAUCAUGAUGCAUGCUUGGUCAACGAGAUCGAAAGACGGGCUUGGGAGCAGUUCAAAAAGGGGUCCCUGACGCAUGAGGUUCAGGACAAGCAACAAGAGAAAGGGUUUACCCAGAAGGUAGGCGAAACUCUGGGUCAUAUUGUCCACUUGGGACGAGGGAAGAGCGAAGCCAAAGACGAAACCUAUUCGAAGCCCAUAUCUGCCGCCAGAGGAGGGUCCGUCAAGAAGCACAAGGGCGGGAAGAACCCUUGGGCUGGGAAGUUGAAGGGCAAGAUCAUCAAGGUGCAGGACGACACGCAUGCGGCUAUUGUCACUCAACUUGUGCCCAACGCGGACAGCAAGCCGGGCCAGGGCCGGCCAUUCGAGCCCCAGGUGUGGAACAUGAAGAUGUCGUGUCUGAAGUGCGAACAGCCACUGAAUUGAGUGGAUUGUCGAAUGCCGCCCCGAGCGCCAAUCUCUCAAUAGCAAGUUGCAGUACUACCAGCUAUUUGUUUUGGUUGCCUUUUGAUUUCCUGGGUACCUGGAUUUGGCAGGUUCAACUUUGAACAUGUAUAUUAGCGUUGCACAUGGGAUUCAGUUGUUCGGCCGUUUCAGCAGGUUGUGUCCUGCAGACAUACAGUAUGUGGAUGGGGGUGCAUAGUUGAACGGAACUGUGAUGAUAUGUGCAGUGAGGGUUUUUGAGGUGUAUUACUUAGUAGUUAGAGGGAAGAUGUUAAUUCCUAGUGAUGUGUCUCUGUAUAUGAUUGCUCAUGAAAAGUCCG